AUGGCCGACCGCCUGCUCGUCAGUGAGCGGCAGCGGGGGAACCCGCUGCUCAAGCACCUGCGCAACGUCGCCUGGCGCUUCGAGAAGAAGCUCGUGCCCGACUACGUCGUCGGCGAGAAGCACUGCGCCGUCUUCAUCUCCAUCCGCUACCACCUCCUGAAGCCGUCCUACCUGAGCCGGCGCCUCGCGGAGCUCAAGGCCGAGACCUGGCGGCUGCGCGUCCUGCUGUGCCACGUCGACCUCGACGACGCGGCCAAGGCGCUCCACGAGCUCAACGUGCUCGCGGUCAAGGCGGAGUGCACGCUCAUCUUAGGCCACAGCGACCGCGAGUGCGCGCGCUACCUCGAGUGCUUCAAGGCCUACGAGCGCAACAGCGCGGCGUGCAUCAAGGACAAGGUCGACGGGACGCACCACGCGCAGCUCGCCGACGCGUUGACGACGAUCAAGCCCGUGAACAAGACGGACGUCGCGACGCUCGCGGGCCGCUUCGCGACGUUCCGCGACCUGCUCAGGGCGCCCGUGGAGGAGCUCCGCGACGCGCCGGGCCUCGGCGACAAGAAGGUCGCGCGCCUCUACGACGCGUUCCACGUGCCCUUCUCCCAGGCGGCGAAGCGGAAGCGCGACGCCGCGCGCCGCGCCGCGGACGACGCGGCCGUCGACGAGGCCGGCGAGGAGGCGCUCGACGCCCUCGACGCGGCGGAGGCGAAGCGGCCGCGCGCCGACGGCGACGUAAGCUAG